GCACUGCGCUUGUUUCCGAGAAUCAUGUACAUUGCAAAGGGUGAUGAUGACAUCUUCAUGCGUGUGCCGCAGUUUUUAUCGGAUUUACGUUUAUUACCACGAAAAGGAAUAUAUUGGGGAAUGCAAUUUAGUGUUUUGCGUCAUCGAGGGAAUAAAAAUGUGAGUUUUCAUUUUGUUGGGGGAAUGUGUUACACCCUGUCUAGGGAUGUUGCUGAACACUUUGUCUCUUACGAGCCAUUGAAGCGUUUAGUGCAUCUCCCAUACAAGAAGGAACGAGAAGAGGAAUUUCUAUCACUCGGUAUGGAUCAUGAAGAUGUCAUGGUGGGUCAUAUACUGCGCGUUGAGUGUCGAUACAAACCAUUACUAUUUGUAGCCGAUGUGGCGUGUCGGUUUGAACAUAUUCAGAAGGGUAGUAUCAAAUUAAACAUAAACCCAAUGUCUGUUGUCAUUCAUAAUUUGGAAGAGGAUGAAUAUGCAAUUCUAAUGGAUAGGUUUGGGAAUGGUACAACGUACAGGCCCAGAUUGCGAUUUUGGCCAAGGCGAAGGUACAUUAAAUUUCUUUGUUAA